CAAAUUUAAAAGACAGCAUGGCGCCGAUUGAACAGAUAGACGAUGAAGCAGCCCUUGAAAAAAUGUUGGAGGAGGCUACAGAGUUUGAUGAGAGGAAGAAGAUCAGAUCCAGGCUAAGGGAAGUUAGAAAAAAGAAGAGAGACGAGAGAGAGCAAAAGGCGCAAGAGCAGGAGAGGGCUUUUGAAGAAAAGAUGCACAAGUUAGAGGUAGAGUCUGCCCAGCAGAGAAUGAGGGCUGUGGGACUGAACGUCCAAAAAACACCAGUCGAUAAUAGAACCAAGACGGUGACGGAAACAAAAGAUGAUGGUAAGACAAAAACAGUUGUGGAGACUACUAUGAGAGAUUCAGGAAGUUCCAAGAGCGUUCAGAUGACCAUUAUGAGCAAAACAGAAGAUGAAGGCUUUAAAUCACAGACAUUACAACAGGAAUCCAAGUCCAUUUCAGUUGGACCUGGUGGAAGCAGUUCAGUCACAAUGUCCAAAUCAGUGUCCAGUUCGUCGUCCUCGACGACGUCGACAGAUAAACCAAAAGGAAAACUAUCUUUCAGCGCAGAAUCAGCUAAAACCAAAUUUGAGGAGGAAAUGGAAGUAAAGAAAAGGGAAAGAGAAGAAAAGAGAAAACAAGAUGAAGCUAAAUUCAAGGAACAACAGAUGCAGAGGAAAAAGGAAGCAUAUGAGCUAAAGAAGAAACAAGCAGAGGAUGCUAAGAAUAGGAAAGCAGCUUUGUUUAAUAAGUUUGGUGGUGCUGGUGGAGGGGCAAAACCGGCAGGUGGUGGAGGUGGUGGUGGUGGUAUGAGGGUACAGAAUGCUACCACUAUUAAACAAAAACUAUUAGAAUGGGCACAGAGAGUCACAAGAGGAUACUCGGGUGUAAAUGUAACCAACUUUUCCUCAUCAUGGGCUGAUGGCUUGGCAUUCUGUGCAGUCAUUCAUCAUUACUAUCCAGAUAGCUUUGAUUUUAACAUACUCGACCCUAAACAGAGGAGAAAAAACUUUGAUUUGGCCUUCAAUACAGCAGAGGAACAAGCAGACAUUAUGCCUCUUCUGGAUACUGAUGAUAUGAUCAUGAUGAAAAACAAUCCUGAUUGGAAGUGUGUCUUUACGUACGUACAAUCACUAUACCGUCAUCUCAACAAAUGAAACUCCAGUCUUUGUAUGUAGACUUGUGUAAACCCACCUUCUUUUCUACUUCCAAUUUACUGUUGCCUGAUGACUCUACAUAUAUGGUCCGUUCUUACAUGACAAUCGUUUAUAAGAAACGUUGUAUAACAAAACACCAAUGCAAUAACUACUGAUGGUAAGAGACAGAUGACGAUCUACUAAUAUUGAAUUUUGAAUUCUUCAAAUCAAUGAGUCAUUUUCAGUAACGUCACAUACAAUACUUCAUUCUGUAAAAUAGUCCCAUCAAAUACAGUAUUCACUAGAUUUAUCCAUUUUACUUGAAGAAUUUGUUACUAAACCUUACUUUUGCUAGACAGUGUUUCUUGCUAAGAUUUUCAUCUAAGAAUUUUCUAUGUUAUUAAGUAUUCACAGUAAAGUUACAUCAAUAUAAUGUUGUUUUCCCGAGUAAUAAAGGGAAAUAUAUAGAGGCAGGACCUAUUGAAUUAUGUAUAGAUUGUAUUUAAAGUGGGGAUUAUAGUGUAUGUAUAGGUUAAUACAUAGCAAUCCCUGCUGUAAUGGAGAGAAGGGUAACAUGGUAUAUAACUAAUCAUAGUUAAGUGUGCUAUGUAUCAUUAUCAACAUUUCAUGAAUAUGUAAACUAUUUUAAGGGAUUUUCUUAAAACAUCAUCAAGACUACUUUAUUGAUAUAUUUCAUUAUUUAUUCAAGAACCAUGUCCAAUAAAUUGAGUCACUUGAUUUUCAGUGUUUGGCACAUAUUUUCAAUUCAUUUAGCUUUCUAUAUGUAGGCCAAAUGAAGUUAGGGAAUAGGCCUUGUUCACACGGCCAUUUAAAUGUAGGUGGGAUUUAUCUUUAUAAAUAAUGGGUUCAUAGAAAACUAUAAACUGUAUUUUUGAAGAAAAAAAAAAGAAUUAUUUAGUUUUAUUUUUGACAUGGUAUAUUGUCAGAUGAAUAGUGGAUGUGGAGCAUGACAUAAGAUAUUUGAAAUUCAUUUGAGUAAAUUAUUAGUAUUUAUUCUGCCAAGAUGGGUUCGAAAGUUCAUUAUUAAAUAUAAUGCUGAGAUUGAGCUUUUCAUGGCAUGGCAACAGUACUAUGAUAAUAAUAAAAGAAAGUAUUAUUCUAAUGAAUACUGAAUGGAAAAGAGCAUCAAGAAACAGUAAACAUUGUCAGGAUUGUUGAAUGCACUUUAACACAAAAUAGAUAUUUUAGUAAUGCAUGAGUAGAUUAUAAUCUCAUGCAGAGAGCUAGAAAAUUAUUUUCAUGCUCUCUGAAGCAGUGUAUUAUGCUGCUUUUUCUUUCAAAAGGAAAUACAGACAAAUUAUUAUAACGCAUGACUGUAAAUAAUUGUGUGAAGAAUGAAAACAAAUGUAAUAUAUAUUUGAAUGAUGUAUUUGAUAGAGUUAGAUUGUUAUAAUCUAUUUUGAGUGAUAUGUUAUAAAAUAAGAAGACAUUGUGAGAUGAUGUCUUUUGUAAUUUUUCUAUGUAAAAUAAUGCAUGAAAAAUUGUUUAAAUUAUAUUAUAAAUUGUAUAAAUAGAAAUUUCUGAGAUAUUGAAUUUCAUUUUCCUUCAAUUGAUUAUCAGUUUCCUUCCUGUUCCAAAUAUGUUAUUCUUUUUGUCUUGAAUCAUUGAUUAUUUUCCUCUAAUUAUGGAAAUAAAGAUAAAAUUGAAUUGAAAAAAAUGCAAGAAAUUAUAGCAUAUUAUAUCUUUCCAGAUCAUUCAUUAUAUAAUAUUACCUUUUAUUGAAAUCUAGAUUAAGGAAUAACCUGCAGCAUAUCAUGAUUUUACCUAUAACAUAAAAAUCAAACUGAAACUAAAAAACUUCUAAAAAUGAGUAUAUUCUGUUUUUAUGCUUCUUGAUAUUUUAGAUUGAAAUUGCUUUUUAUUGUCAGACUGACCUAUAACUCAACCAUUUUGUUAUGAUUAUAUAAUUCAAGUUAUCUAUCCAGAUUUCCUUUCAUAUCUUAAAUUCUUAAAUAACUAAUGUUUAUAAUUUAUCAAUGAAAUAAGAUAAGACAAUGCUUUAUAGUGCAAUUAUAUCAGCUUUCCCCCUUUAUUAGCUGGUUUAUUAUUGUAUCAAAAUUGAUUAAUUUUGUUCAUGAUAUCAUGAGGAAAUACGUGUUAUUUAGCAAUAAGUACAAUCCAUCAGUAGUUCAGAUAACCAUGUGUGUUUUUAUACAAGAUUGAGUGAAGGUAGUGUACUAUUCAGAAAUGUAUGUAUCUAUGGUAUCUUUGAGGGGAAGGAUGGAACUUAAAAGAUAAGUGUUGUGAAUGAUGUUGUGUUUAAAUGGAUUGUUUAAGUAAGGUGCUGGCAUUCUAUCAAAUGUACUUUUAUGGCAAGAUAAAAAAAAAUGACAUUUUGAUUAAUCUUGUCUAAGGUUCUCCACGAUCCUAAUUGGCAUUAUUGUUGAGUUUAUUGAAGAAGUUUGUAGUGCAAUAACUUGUUAUGUCUAUAUAUUGUAUGUAUCAUUUUAACUUGCCACAUAGAAACCUAAUUACCCUAUUUUUUACAAAGCCAAAAGUCAGGUUAUGAUAUUGGACUGUCUGUAUGGGUUUCAGUUGAUAUUGGUAUAUACUGCCAGACAGUUAUAUACCAUGUUCAGGUAUUUAAUGCAUUUUGUAUCAAAGAUGAAUACCAAUUUAUUUUAGAAUCUUGUUUACUGCCAAAAGUACCCUGAGGUGUAUACUUUAACAGAGUUUGAAUGCCCUCCUGGUUCUAAAUAGACUUGUUAUUAGAGACAUUUUUAUCAAAGCUAUGUUAUAUUCAUUUGAUUUUUUUAUUUAUUAAUAUAAUAUUCUUGUAAUUAUUAUGAACACCACCAUACCUUUUAUUUAGGGAGGCACAAUAGGUCAGUUAUAUGUCCUUGACAAUGUUUUUAGAACGAUUAUUCUUUUAUGGAAAUUUUAAACUUUGAAAGUUUGUUCAAUAAUUUAUGUUCUUCAUAUACACUUUAUCCCAUAUGUUUUUUUCUUUAUUUAUUUUUAUCAUUAUUACUCAUUAUAGUUGUAACUAUAUAUGAUAUUUAAAUCCUGUUAUUGUUUUCAGGUGUAGAUUUUAAUGGAUCACUUGAUCAUAUAAUUAAACCGAUGUCUGCUACAUAAAGACAACUCCAUACUGCCUUCAUACACCUUUAAUUGUGUCUGCCUUGUUCAAUUAUACAUAAUGUCAAAACUUUUAACAUUUUUGUCAGUCUUAUGCCAUACUCAAUACAGUUAUCUGUGAUUUAUAUAUCUAACUCUAUAACAGCUCUAUGUAUGUGUGUGAGUUUUCUGUUGGCUUUUCAUAAAUUUUUGUACGUCACAAAAAUGUUGAUGGGUAGAUGCACACGAAUGUAAAGACACUUUUGAGAACAGCUGGUAGGUAUGUUUUUAUUGUUAUAAAUCUAUUGAUAGAAGAUAAUUGUUUAUAGAGAUUUGGACAAGCAAGAUAAUGAAUCUAAUCAGUACAUUGUACAUGUUUGGUCAUACAGUGGCUGUAAAGACGUGUAUCUUAUCAAAUAAUACUUGAGUAAUUGAAGAUUCACACUAAAAAGAGCAAUUAAAAGAAUCAUUGUAAUAUUGCCCAAUUUUA